AUGACUAUAUAUAAUGCCCAUCGCGGCGCCAACUUCUUUCAUCCUUCUCAAACCCACAUAGACGAUUGGAAAGGCUCCCUAGGACUGACUCUCCUCCACUCCCCCCCCUCACCUCUCAUCGAUAUAAUCUUCGUCCACGGUCUCGGCGGCGGCUCACGAAAAACAUGGAGCAAAAGCCCCUCAAUCUCCGACUUCUGGCCGCAAUCCUGGCUCCCCAACGACCCAGCCUUCGCACACGUCCGCAUUCACACCUUUGGGUACGACUCCGACUGGGCGAACGGCAAACGCAACUGCAUGAACAUCCACCACUUCGCGCGAUCCUUGCUGGGGGAGCUCUUCACCUCUCCCUGCAUAGCCAAUUCCGACACCUCGAUCGUCCUCGUCGGACACAGCAUGGGCGGCCUGGUCAUCAAAAAGGCGUACAUCCUUGCCUCCCAAGAUCCCAUGUACGGGGAACUCGCGCGACGGAUCCAGGCGAUUUUCUUCUUCGGCACGCCGCACCGGGGAUCAGACUCUGCGAAGCUGCUGGAGAAUAUCCUGCGGAUUACGUACUCGCCCAGGGAGUAUGUGUCGGAGUUGAAGAAAGGCUCUGCGGUGCUGCAGGCCAUUAAUGAUGAGUUUCGCAAGUAUGUGGAUGGUGUGGAGCUGUGGUCGUUGUAUGAGACACAGAAGCUUGCGAUUGGGCCGCUUGGGGUGCUCAUUGUUGAUCCGGGUUCUGCGACGCUGGGAUAUCCGGAGGAGCAUCGGAUUCCGCUGCAUGCCGAUCAUCGCUCGGUGUGUAAGUUUGAGACGACGGCGGAUCCGAACUAUGUUACCGCGCGCAAUGCGCUGGCCUUGGCUGUGAGUGGGCUGGAGAAGCAAGUGUUGGAUUUCAGGGAAACUUCCCUGCGUAGUCAGCUGGACCACUUGCAGGGAUACUUGGGUGUGCGUGAAAGCCUGGAAGAUAGUCUCAUGCUGGUCGAAGAUACGCGCAUGGCAGGGACCUGUGAAUGGCUCGCGUCCAGAUCCGAGUUUCUGAGCUGGAAGGACUUUGAUGCAGACGGUUCAGACAUUCUUUGGCUCAAUGCAAAGCCUGGCUCCGGGAAGACCGUGCUGACGGGGUAUGCGAUUCGCCAGCUGCAAAGCUCAUCCGCAGACUGCAGUUUCUACUUCUUCAGACACGGAGAGAAACUCAAGUCCCAGCUUGGCAGCUGUCUUCGAUCUCUCGCUUUCCAGAUGGCUUGCCAGGACGAUGAAGUGCGAUCGUUACUCUCGCACAUGCAAAAGAAUGGUACCAAACUUGACAGCGACGAUGGCCGCAUUAUCUGGCGAACGCUAUUCCUGAACGGGAUAUUCAAGUUAAAGCUGCGAAGUCAGUACUGGGUGAUCGACGCCCUGGAUGAGUGCACGGAUCUGUCCACCGGCUUGGAAACCGUCCUCGCUACACUGAACAAGUCCAUCCCGCUGCGUGUCCUGUUCACGAGCAGAAGCACGCCGGAAAUAGCACGGUAUUUCGCUGCUCUUGGCGACGGCGCGUGCCAGUCCGUAUCGAUUACCACAGAGGAUACUUUGCCUGACGUACGACGUCUUCUUCAGGAGAGAGUGAAGUUACUGGGGUUCAAGGGCGAUGAACGCGCAUUACUCGUGGACCGAAUAGUCGAAAAGUCACAGGGCUCAUUUCUCUGGACAAGCCUAGUGAUCAAAGACCUGUCCGAGUGCCACAGUGAUCACGAGAUCAAUCAAGUCCUGGAAGAGGUCCCCCGAAAUAUGGAACUCUAUUACCAGAGAUCCCUCGAUCUUAUGGCCCACUCCAACCGAGGGAAAGAUCUGAGCAAGGCCAUUCUCAUGUGGACUGUCUGUGCCACUCGACCGCUGGGAACAGACGAGCUACAGUUCGCGUUAGGCCUUGAUAUCGAAGAAAGGUUUCCCAAUCUCCGGAACAGCAUCGUGACGCUGUGUGGUCACCUGGUGACGGUGGAUAAGUACGAGAGGGUCCAGCUGGCGCAUGAGACUGUUCGGGAGUUUCUCCUCGGACUGGACCCAACUUCCGAGUUUGCCAUCGACAGAGAAGAGUCGCACACCAGGAUCGCCAGAGCUUGUCUCGUGUAUCUUACCGGGGAGGAGAUGAAGCCUCCGCGAACAAGACGUGGUGCGAUCGCAUCUGCAAGGAAAAGGGCCCCGUUGUCGGUAUACGCAUGUUCGGCAUUCGCCUAUCACCUAGGGCAGGCUAGCCCUGCUGCAGACGACGUGUUCGAGUUAGUGGGCCAGUUUCUGAAAGCUAACGUCCUGUCAUGGAUCGAAUUGAUCGCACAAUCAAUGACUCUGGCCCCGUUAAUUUCCACUGCCAGGGGCUUGAAAUUGUACUUCGACGCAUGCACCACGCAUCGCUCGCAGAGCGACUCCUCAAUGAAAAUGAUCAAAGGCUGGACUACGGACCUCGUGCGCAUUGCGGCCAGAUAUGCCGACGCGCUCACCGUCUCGCCCUCUGCGAUAUACUCCCUUCUGCGGCCCUUCUGUCCGACGGAGUCUACUGCCCACAAGACCGUGAUUCCCGGGAAGAGUAUAUCGGUAACGGGCCAGCUAAGUUCCCAAUGGGAAGAUUGCCUCAGCUGCAUUGAGCUUCGACACGGGCGGGCGACAGCCCUCUGCUAUGGGAAAGAGUUCUUCGCCGUCGGCCUGUUCUCGGGAAGUGUCACAGUCUACCAUGCGACAUCCUGCCAGGAACACAAGUCAUUUCACCAUGGCGAGAUGGUGCUGUUCGUACAGAUCAUGAGCAAGCGAGAGUUACUCAUAUCCUGCGGACUGAAAACAGUCCGAGUCUGGGAUAUCCGCAGCGGACAGACGGUGCACAACUUCAAGGCACCGCCCCGCCCCAUUGAAAUGAUAUUGCACAACGACCUCCUGGUCCUUGCAUCGUCUCGAAACUUUCUCGUGACCUGGGAACUAGGUAAUAACGGUGUUCAACGCCGCCCUGGUCGGCACUGGAAUUAUAGGGACGAAAUAGGCCCGAAUACACAUCGCUGGCCCUGCGCGAUAUCAAUCUCCGUUGGACACCAGAUGCUGGCUGUGGCCUAUCCCAGGAAGCCGGUUAUUCUUUGGGACCUUCAGGAAGACGCGUACUAUGGGGCGUGCGGUAAGAGGGGCGUGAGUGGCGCAACAAGCGCUGACCCGAUCGCUGCCCUCGUGUUCAAUCCUAAUCCAGCGAUCGAUCGACUCGCAGUGGCGUAUCAAGAUGGAGAUCUCGUUCUCCUCGACCCCUUCCAAGAUGAGGUCAUAAUACAGCUCCGGAGCCAUUGCCAAAACCUCACGGCUAGUCCAGACGGGCAUCUCCUCGCCGCAGUGAUGGGAUCUGGGAUAAUACAUGUUUACGAGUUCGAAACCCUGAGCCUGCUCUAUCGGGUGAAGUUGUCAAAGACGUACAUCAAACAGAUAGCCUUCUGUCCAGACGGCUUUCGGUUCGCGGAUAUCAGAGGCUCGCAUUGCAACGUCUGGGAGCCUCCUGGCUUGCUGCAGGAUUUGGCAUCAAGCAGCGAAGACGCGCCGAAGGUUAUCGAGUCGGCGACAACUGACGCGAAAGGGGAAAUCACAGGCAUCGUGAUACACGCCUCCGGAGCGGCAAUCUGCAGUGGGGACGACGGGUCGGUAUCCCUUUACGACUCCGACUGCGGCAUGCAGCGACGGACACUCUACCGUCACAAGUGCGCGGUUCGGUUCCUGACCGUGUCGCACAGCAAUAUCAUCAUGAGCGUCGACGUUGCCAACGUGAUUCUCACAUGGAAACUGGAGAAAGCGGAGCAGGGCUGGGUCGCAGGCGAAAAGCUAUUCGAAUCGCGUCUCGACUGCGGCGUCGCGGUCACUCAGAUUUUAUCUACCGACGUAGCGCAAAAGUUCAUCCUAUCCACGCGACAGUCGGAUCACCUGUGGAACAUGAGGGGCGAAGAGCAGAGCGAACGGGUUCCAGACCGACCAGGGACCCGGAAGUGGUUCGACCAUCCGCACGAAGAGCAUCUAGUGAUCUGUUUGGACGACACAGAGGCCCGUAUCUAUACCUGGACUGACUGGUCCGAAAUUGCAUCAGUCGAUCUCACGAUUGACAUGACCGGACUGCAGAUAAAGAGGGUCAUCCCCUGCAUGUCCGCAAACACGACACACCUGCUACUGGAGACGUCCGAGCUGGACGGCCCGCCACAGUCGCGCGGGGUGUGCCUUCUGGAUGCAGCGCCACUAGCGAGCGAACCUGAGUCUUCAAGCCACGAUGGCUUCGAGAUAAUCACCCUCGAUCAAGAUGAUCUAGACACAAGCAUGGACAAGUCCUCCAACGCGGUCCUGAUGCAGUCUCUCAGCCGAAAAACGGCUGUCCUGGGCCACCACGUGGCUCACAUCAUUGGCCUACGGGGUCCAAACAAGGUUGUCUUCCUGGACACGCGCUCCUGGGUCAGCACUGUGGAUCUGGAUGAGCCGGACGACAGCCGGAUCCUGUAUGUGCGGCAUUUCUUUGUGCCGCAUGAAUGGUUUGCCGGGAUGCGCAAUAUUAUAGUCGCUUUGGAUCAACGGGAUGUCCUUAUUGCGCGUAAUUCGGAUCUGGCGGUUGUGAGGGGUGGGUUUGAGUAUGCGCAGGUUGUUGCGGCAUGA